UCAUGUACUCGAGGCCUAUAAAAGUCAGUUCGGAGGGAGCCGAGUGCAUCAGUUGUGUUGAGUUCAGCCAUGGCGCGACAAUUGAUUAUCGUACUUUCGCUGGCGCUCUACGUGGGUAGCUCCCAGGCAGUGCUGAGCGAAAUCGCCCGCCAGAGCGAGUCCGCCUUGAACGGAUUGGCGGACAUCAAGCUGGCGCCACUGCGCUACCUAGACGUGCUGAUCGGAGCCAAUCCGGGAGGAAUUCGCGGACUCGAUGGAGGACUCUACGGUUCCGCUGGGGGCGCCCUUUCGGCGGCUGCGGCAUUGCAGGCUGCCCAAGCAGCCAACAUCGUGGCCGGCGGAGGACUUCCCCUGAAUCCCUCGUACAGCAAGAUAUCGGCUGGCGUUGGCCAGGGAAGCGACUUGAUAACAAUCAUCAAGAACCCACGACCCUAUGACCAUCUCCCCAGCAUUCCGGGCAUCAACUAUCCACCACUGUAUCCGCCUUUCGGAUGGCCAAUUCUUGGACGCAUACCAGGUGGUCCGGGUGGCCCAGGUGGUCCCAGAGGUCCGCGUGGGCCAGGAGGUCCGGGUGGUCCACCUCUAAUUGGCCUAGGACUUCCGGGAGGUCCCGGAGGACCAGGAGGCUCCCGUCCCCCUCUUAGCGGAGGUAUUGGUCUCAACUUGGGCUUCGGAGGUCCCGGCGGUCCCGGCGGUCCCGGCGGUCCCAGAGGACCCGGAGGUCAAGGAGGACCCGGAGGUCCUGGAGGCCCUAUGGGCAAUGGACUCUUUGGAAACGGAGGACUAUUCGGCACAGGACUCUUUGGCGACAACGGACUGUUCGGCACUGGAUUCCUCAGUAGCCCAGGAUUGAACCUGCUGGACCCCUUCGGCAUUUUCACCCCAUUCGGAACCUUUUUCGGUGGACUGGGCAACCUCUUCGGGUUCACCUCAUCGACGAGCGCCUCCGCGGGAGCACCCCCUCCCAGCUACCCGCUCUUUGGCAACAAGCUCGGAUUUGGUCGAGGGCUGCAGGGCUCCAUCAGCGUGGACUUGGGAGGCUCAAUUCCCACGCCCAAGAGCAUAUUGGCCGGGCUAUUCUCCCCCCUGCUCGGCGUACUGGGUUAGCAGGAGAUCACUUCGAAACGCAAUGGAUAACAGGAUCUGACGGUUUAACGACUAGGCUUAAUCUAUUUAGUAUUAAGAACGACAAGUGUCGGGGUUAUAUUAACAUUUGUCUUGGCCAAGCUUUGUAAUUGUAAUACCCAUUAAUAAAAGUAAGCAGCAUUCCAAA